GACGGGACUAGAGGUCAACAGCCAUUCGACACCGAUAUAGCCCGAGCUGCAGGGUCGUUUUGUCCUGUCCCUUGUUUGGCCCGGGUCCGUCGAGGCUGCCGACUCCAUCGUGGAUGUCUCCGUCUCGUCGCGGGAGUUCGUCCAUGAUUCUGGGCAUGAUUCCAUAAUUCCAUGACCCAUGCCUGCCCACCUACAGCGGGGCACAGCCGAGGGCAACCAUCAACCCGUCCUGGCGGUCUGGCAGCGCCCAGUGUGGCAGUCUAGCUGGCUGGCUGUCAGUCAGUCCAGCACGGCUGCUUAUGGCUGUCUGACUCUACACGAUGAGUGGACGAAGAGCAGUUUCCUAAUCAAUCCAUCUGUCGUCAUACAACAUCGUCUGUACACUGCAUUCUUCGUGCCUGGCAGAGAAGAAUCCGGGACUGAUUCGAACAGUACAACAACACCCCUCCCAGACCAUGGAACUCCCGCAUCUUUUAGCUGUCUAGCUGAGGACCGCAACUCGCGCUUCCAGUGGGUGGGUGAAGAUAUUUUCAGAUUCGCCGAGGGCACGCGCAGGCUCUGGGGGGUUGCAGGCCUUGUGUUACUUAACCAAGUAACUGAAGUUCCAUUAUUUCUGGCCUGGCUGGCACGCUGGCGCUGUGCAACACGAGUGACGACAGCCUGCGGCAAAAGAGGGAGACUGCAGGGAGUUGAAGAGGCCCCCCCGGGACAAGCCACGCUAGCGAGCGUGAGAAUGCGCCGACUCGACUUCUGUCAAUUCUUGUCCGCCUACGAUCUAGUGCCUAUCGCACGCCUAGUAGCAAAAUAAGGUAGCUGCCGAAGGGCCUCGGCGAUAUUGACGCGCCUUGUCUCCUUCUAGACCGCCUCAGAAGGCUACCCGGCGGCAGAUCCUACUAUGUACAUACGCGGCCCAGAUGCCACCACCCAGAACCAGGCAGGUAAUGAAAGUCGGGUCCCUCAAUCUGCACACUAUUCGCUAGCCUAGGUA